UUGUGACGUCGUCAUCAGAAUUAGAUGUUAUCCUGUCAAUUUUGCAUGUGUCAUUUGUUGCUUCCAUGCCCAUCAUCCUGAUUCAUUCGAAUGGCGUCCUACCCAGUAACCUAGCUGGGGAUACUGUGUAUAAGGUGGCACCCAUUCAUGCGGCAACCUCAAUCUAUAUAUGUUCAAGAACUCAGCUUUUUCCAUACUCUUGAAACUACCAUGGAGUCCCCAAAAGCCUUAACCAAUACCAAGUUCUUGUUCUCACUCAAAUCCCUGUCCCUCUUCCUUCUUUCUCUCAUGUUUGUAUCACACGUAUUUGAUGCCCCAACGCUCUCUAUUUCUGUAGUGCUCUCACCAGAGGAUCGAUCUGUACUGAAAUUUUUCGGUUCUAAAGUUGGCCAGGUCUUAUGCAGAUUUGCAGCUAGGGAAGCGACCUAUAUCUUGGCGCUAGGAACAGCUUCAUUGUUCUCUGCGACCGUGACUAUCUAUUCGGCCAUAACCGCCAGCGCCAAGGAGAAGCAUCUCACACUAAACGACCUGUCAUGGAGAAUUCUUGGUACUUGGAUGAAACUCAUCAUAACAUGGGUUUAUAUCACACUCAUAGCCAUUUCCUUUGCCCUUUUUAUGGUGCUAUUCAUUUGUUACUCUACAACUGCUUUCGAAGAUAUUGUCUUGCAUAUGGUGGUGCUGCUGUUGGUCGUUUUCUCUUCUAUGUAUUUCAUUGUGGUGCAGAUUAUGGGCUCCAUCAUAGAGAUACUAGAAGAAGAUUGUUCUGAACCGAACAGUCCACUUGCCGAAGAAGAGUUCUUGCUGUUAAAAAUGGAAGAGGGUUGUGAUAAUGAUAAACAAAAUUGUGAUAUGCUUAAUGAUUCGAGAGGUUCGGACUGCGAUCAUCAUUGUGAGCACCUGCUUGUUUCUUUCUGUGGAGCUCUUGAUUUUCAUGGUGUUCGUCGUGCUGUGCUGGGGCUUGAAGAAAGCUGAAGAAGAAAGCUGGACAUGGGGAGGAAGUUUGCGUACGUUCUGGUUGCCAUUAGCCAUGCUACUGGCUCUUCUAGCACUUGAUCAGAAAAGGGUUUUCUCUUAUUUUGAUUUUGUAAAGUGAAGCGAAGGUUCCAUUUGAGCAGUUGUGCUUGUUUUCGAAUGCAAUACAUGAAAUA